AAAAAAUACGCACAUUAAUAUGCAACUGAUUUUGCUUAAAAUGAUGCGAGUUUAUGUCAAAAAAUUAUUAUUGUUCAUUAGGUACUAAUUGUAAGAUGAAAUUCGUAAUUUUUACGUUUGUUUGUUUGUGUGCCAUUGUCCAAGUUUCUUUUGGAGCUCUAUCUCAAAUUCCACCCGAUAAAACACCAGGUCAUCCUGGUUUUUGCAAUUCAAACGAUACCGGACCAAUGGAACAAGGUGGAACAAAGCAACUUAAAAAUUGUGUUGUAGCUUGGUGCAACCAUGAUGCUUCAAUAACUUUGGCAUCGUGUGGUGUUGUAAGCUUUGAGGGUUGUAAAAAGGUGCAAGAUUUAACUAAACCAUAUCCAGACUGUUGUCCAGAAGCCCAAUGUUAGAACAUCAUUUUGUGUUUGGGUAUAUAUACAAUUUUUAAAAGUCAAUCGAGAUACAAAAAAGAAAUUGUAAAAAAAUAUGUAUUAUUAUCAUCAAAUAAUUUUUUCUUGAUAAAAUAUUGAGUUUAAAUUU